AUGAGGUUCGUCUCACUUGCCGUAGGGGCAGCCUUGCUAGGCGCUGCAGGCGCCUCCUCGAUUUCUUCCAAUGUAGGCUUGCUCAAAGCCAAUGGUGUUGCGCUCGGAAACUGGGAAGCUGCCUACGAGAAAGCAUCCGCUUUUGUCUCAGGCCUGACCACUGAUCAGAAACUGGCUUUGAUCACGGGUAGUAAUGUUGAGUCGGCUAAUGGAAACUUCACUCCCCUCUACUUCCUCGACGGAGACAUGGGUCUUCAGGACUUCUAUUAUGUUUCUGCUUUCAGCUUGUCCUCGGCUCUUGCGAUGACCUGGGAUCGCGACGCUAUUUAUGAGCAGGCUAAAGCUGUCGGAUCGGAGUUCUAUAACAAGGGUGUUCAAGUGGUCGCUGGACCCACGUCUCAGCCAUUGGGGCGUACCCCUUGGGGUGGUCGUGGCGUCGAAGGGUUUGGCCCGGAUCCUUAUCUCAAUGGCUUGGCUACUGGACUCACCACCAAGGGCUAUGUUGAUGCUGGAGUGAUACCGGGUGGUAAGCACUUCCUCUUAUACGAGCAAGAAACCAACAGGACCUCCAGUUUUGGAAGCAGCGGAGAAGGCUCUCCCUACUCCUCCAAUGCGGAUGACAAAACCAUCCAUGAAACAUAUCUGUGGCCAUUCUACGAUGCAGUGAAGAAUGGCGCUGGCGCGGUGAUGUGCGCAAUGACCAAGGUCAACGGCACCAUGGCUUGCGAGAAUUCGGAUCUUCUGAUGAAGAUGUUGAAGACGGAACUUGGCUUCCCGGGUAUGGUCUGGCCUGACAUGAAUGGUCAAAACAGCGCCAAGGGAUCAGCUUUGGGUGGUGAGGACUAUGGAUCGAGUUCUAUCUGGAGUACUUCGACCAUGGAAAGUUUCUUGUCGAACGGUACCCUCAGUGAGGCUCGCUUGAACGAUAUGGCCAUCAGGAAUCUGAUAGGUUACUAUUACGUUAACCUGGACAACGGCCGCCAGCCUACAAGGCAAACGACAGAUGUCUAUGUGGACGUUAGAGCUAACCAUUCCAAGCUGAUUCGAGAGAACGGAGCGAAGUCCAUGGCGUUGUUGAAGAAUGAGGGUGUGCUGCCGCUAAGCAAGCCCCAUGUUAUGAGUAUCUUUGGAGCUCACGCUGGCCCUAUCAUGGGCGGCCCGAAUAGUAAUGUCGAUGUCAUGGGCUCCGGUCCGACCUAUCAGGGUCACCUGGCCACAGGCUCGGGAUCCGGAAUGGCAUCUAUGCCCUAUUUGAUCACUCCCUACGAUGCCCUGACUAACAAGGCGGCCCAAGACGGAACAGUGUUGCGUUGGGUGUUAAACGAUACUUACAGCUCUGGGGGAGGCUCUUCGCUAGUUCCAUCGAGUACGUCCUCUACUGCCGUGGAGCCGUCCUUUGAGAACUUUGCCACCGGAUCGGAUAUCUGCCUGGUCUUCAUAAAUGCCCUGGCUGGAGAAGGUGCGGAUCGAACCGAGCUAUAUAACGCAGACCAAGACGCUAUGGUGAACACGGUUGCGGAUAACUGCAACAACACAGUCGCGGUGGUCAAUACUGUUGGACCGCGACUGCUGGAUCAGUGGAUCGAGCACGAUAACGUUACAGCCGUUCUCUAUGGAUCUCUCCUCGGACAGGAAUCGGGUAACUCAAUCGUGGACCUUCUCUAUGGCGACGUCAACCCAUCCGGCCGUCUUGUCCACACCAUUGCCAAGAACGAGAGUGACUACAAUGUUGGACUUUGCUAUACCGCCCAAUGCAACUUCACCGAAGGAGUCUACCUCGACUACCGCUACUUCGACGCCCACAACAUCACCCCCCGAUACCCCUUCGGCCACGGCCUCUCCUACACCACCUUCCACUACUCAUCCCUAGCCAUCAAAGCCCCCUCAUCCAUAACGAAAGCACCAAAAGGCAACCUCACCGUCGGCGGCCCCAGCGACCUCUGGGACGUCGUAGGAACCGUCUCCGCCCGCAUCGCCAACAACGGCACCCUUUCCGGCGCAGAGGUUCCUCAGCUCUAUCUCGGCUUCCCCGAUUCGGCAGAUCAACCCGUUCGUCAGUUGAGGGGGUUCGAUCGUGUUGAACUUUCAGCUGGGCAGGAAGCGGUUGUUACUUUUAAUUUGCGGCGGAGGGAUAUCUCUUAUUGGAAUCUGAAGACUCAGCAGUGGAUGGUUGCUGGGGGGAAGUAUACGGUCUUUGUGGGGGGGAGUUCGAGGGAUUUGAGGUUGAAUGGGACGUUUUUUCUUUGGGUUGGGUCUUAG